UUUUAGCCAAAAAAAACAUUAAGCCCUAUAGUUAUACAACCCCUCACAAGGGGUUGUAUACUUGUAUCUAUCAACUUGUUUACAACAAAGCAGAGUACAUAUAUACAAGAAAUAAGGCCGGGGGUAAAAAAUGGGCACAUCAAAUGCAAUUAAACUUCUAUUUUUAUUAGCGUUAUUCACAAUCGCUACCGCUUUGGCUAUUGAAUUUGCAUCGUCUGCUGAUUCCAACGACGCAACUCCCAGUAGAAAUGUUUCGAGUCUUGAGGGCGAAAGAAGUCUUCUGCAACGGAUGCUGAGAGGAAGACGUCGAAGAGGGAGAAGGCCAAGGGUACUGGCGGGCAUGAGAAGGGCGGGUAGGAGGAGGGGUAGAAGGGCACCGGUCGUAGUGGCUCAAGACGGGUCGGGAAAUUUUCCGACUAUCAAGGCUGCUCUUGAUGCGUCGCUCAGGAGGAAAGGCGUCGGACGAUUCGUCAUUCACAUAAAGGCAGGGGUUUAUAGGGAAGUAGUAGUUGUUGAUGAGAAAAUGAAGAAUAUUAGGUUCACAGGUGAUGGCAUAGGGAGGACCAUUAUCACUGGUAGCAAUUUCAGAGGUUUAGGCGACCUUAAUGCAUGGAAUUCUACAACUGUGUUGGUUCGGGGGGACGGUUUCGUGGCUCGGGACCUAACAUUCCAGAACACGUACCGGUACCAACCAGCCCCGGCGAUCACAAUCGAAGCCCCACAAUCGGCCUUCUACCGCGUGGGCUUCGACGGGUACCAAGACACCAUUUUAUUGCGAGGUACUGGCCGACAGUUUUUCAAAGAAUGUGACGUUUACGGCACCGUGGAUUUCAUAUGCGGGGAUGGCAACUCCAUUUUCCAAAACUCCAACAUCAUCGCCAGAAAAUCCUUCACCGGUAACCAAAUCACAAUCACGGCCUCAAAGCGAGGCGUCACCAACUUGUCCACUGGGCUCGUUUUCCAAAACUGCCGGGUCACUGCGGCGCCUGAUCUAAGAGAGGCUUUUGGGCGCACGAAGAUUUACUUGGGCCGGCCGUGGGGGGACCACGCGCGGACCAUUUUUAUGAACUGCGAUUUUGAUCUGCCCAUUCAUCCGGAAGGGUGGUUGGCGUGGCAAGGUUCGUCUCCUGGGCUUCUGACUAACCCUCCUGUUGAUUAUAGGGAGUUUGGGAACCGGGGUAUGGGUUCCUCGACCCGGGGGAGAGUGAGGUGGGCGGGGUAUCGGGUUAUGACCGAUCGAAAUGAGGCGAAUCAGUUCACGGUUGCGAAUUUUAUUCAAGGUCAAACGUGGCUGCCUAGGACUGGCGUGCCUUUUUUUCUUGGUAUGUAAUUGGUCUUUAAUUUUGGGCAUCAAACUAUUUGCAAGGUCUUUGUUGAAGGAAGUGAGCAAUUGCUUUUGAUGAGGAAUUUUCUCAGAGUUGAUUAAUGCAGUAAAGG